AUGGCAAACAUUGAUAACGCAGCGGCCAACAUACGCCGCAACAUCAAGGCUCCCCAACAGCCCGAGAUCGACUCUCAGCUUGCCGCAUGGGUCGUCAAUGCCAACGACAAGGGUGCCUCGAUCACUGGCCAGGUGAUCAAGCGAAAGGGUCAACUGCUCGAACGAGAGCUCAACUUGGAUGGCUCAAUCCGCUUCUCAAAUGGAUGGCUGCAUCGGUUUCAACAACACAACACGUUCAAGAUGUAUCGAAUGCACGGCGAAGCUGCGUCCGCCAACAGCGCUGUAGUUCAGGACGGUCGGACGGCGCUGUGA